UGUUGUGGGCUGAUGAAAUUGUCACCUGUGGAUACACAAACCAGAUAAAGAUGGAUAGUAAGGAAAGCAUGAUACGUGCCAUUGUCUUACACUCUACAACAAGACUGAUUCCAAUGCUACAGCAGCUCAGAAAGGGCAUGGAACUGUAUGGUCUUGUGAACCUGAUGGCUGUAAAUCCUGAAGCUUGCCACAGUUUGUUUGUGCCUGGGAAAAUCCUCAAACCAGACGCUGAUUUCAUUAUGAUGAGCUGCCAACCACAUUUCAGUGAAAAGGGGACAUCUAGGGAGAGAACUGAGAGGAAGAUCAUAAAUUUUUUGCAAGAUUUCUUGCAGGAGAUUGAAGCAUCAGAAAAGACUUCAGAAACAUUUUCAAACAUCACAGAUGGAAACACAGGCGGUGCAGGUGGUGAAAAAUCAGAGUCUCUUGCUGUCCAGCAUGUGCUCCAGUGGAUGACCGGCCAGUCCCAUGUUCCCAUCCUUCCUGAUGAAAAGAGACAUUUCAAAAUAACAUGCAAGUUUGACCACGAAUGUAAGGAGCGGCUGGGAGAUCACUCAAUUUGUUACCCAGUUGUGAGUGCAUGCACUUGUACUGUGACUUUUCCAGUGCAGCAUCUGGACACGUACACAAUGUUUAAAACCAUAAUGAGUGCAGCAGUUAGAUAUGGUGGUGGAUUCCACAGAGUUUAACACAUUGUUGUCUUGUAAUUUGGAAACUAAAUGAGUAAAAAUGUUUCUAAACAUUAGCUGUUAAGAUGUUCGUAGCUGUUUCAUGAAAAUGAUAAGACUUCAAAACUUUGUGUAGGGUCCUACGUUGAUAGAUAUUAAGCAAGUGCUUUGUUUGAUUGUCUACUUGUAAUCUGAAUUGUAAUCUGUAAUCUUUCAGCAAAGAAAUCCAGUAUUUGAGAACAAAAGAGCGUUGACUUUCACGUCCAUCUUAAGUGUCACUGUUGGUUUGACACCAGUAGCAAGAAUUGUAUAUACAGGUCACGACCGUAAGAUUCUGAAUGUUCCAAGGGAUUAAUUGUUCUCUGAAGUCCCUCCAGGGUUUCCUCAUCCAGUGGGCAUUCAAUUUCAGGAACCACAACUGUGCUGUUAGAUUCUUCUUGCAGUACAGCACUCUCCCAGUCAAUGCCUGGAUCCUGAAGCUCCUUCAAAUCCACAAACAUAUAUAAUAGUCAUUAUUCCAGAAUAGGUACUUUUGGGAGUAAUGUUAUUUUGUGUAAGCGUUUUUUCCAAUAAAUACAACAAUUUAAAAAGAA